UCAUGCCAACACACUAACCAGAGGCCGAGUGAACCCUUCAUGCCCAACACACUAACCAGAGGCCGAGUGAACCCUUCAUCCCAACACAUCGCUGACAGUCAACAUAAGAGUCCAAGAUGCAGGCAGACGACGCAAGAUACCUGAAAAAGAAGGUGAAGGUCGGCUCCCUGGAUGUGCAUCCCACUGAGAAGGCGUUGGUGGUCAACUAUGAACUGGAGGCCACUAUCCUGGGUCAACUGGGUGAUGCCAUGCUGGGAGACAAGAAGGAAUGUCAAAAAAUCAUUCGGUUGAAGAGUCUGGACAACAACACAGACAUUGCAGUACUUGCAAGAGAAGUGGUGGACAAGUGCAAGCUGAUUCAUCCAUCUAAACUGAACGAAGUUCAACAUCUCAUCACCUACUUGCUCUCACGCAAAGACACUGCUAAAGAUGGUCAGGUAUCCUUAGAUCAUCCAUCUGCUGGUCUCCCAAAUGGCAUGACUGAACAAGCUAAUUUAAAUGAACUGGAUUCUUACAUGGAAAUGUUAUAUGAAGACAUGGCUGAGAAAGUGCGUGGAGCGUCUCUUAUUCUUCAACUUGCCAGGAACCCGGAUUAUCUGGAAGAACUCUGUCAGAAUGAGACCGUUUUAGGAGCCCUGGCGAGAGUGUUGCGUGAAGACUGGAAGAAGAGUCUGGACCUGAGUUAUAACAUCGUCUACACCUUCUUCUGCUUCUCUGUCUUCUCAAACUUCCACACUGUCAUCUCUCACUUCAAGAUCGGGUCGCUGUGCAUGGACAUUAUUGAUGGGGAGUUGCAACGGACAGAUCAGUACCGUGAACAAUUGACCAAGAGGAAGAAAGGUGGAGAAUUGGCUAUUGAUCCAGCCAAGCUGCAGCAGGACUAUGAACGCAACCUUAAAAAGUACCAGACUGUUGUGGAGAAGCAAGAUCAGGUGCUACGAGUGUGCACAUACCUUCUCUUAAACAUUGCUGAAGAUGUGCGCGUUGAGGAGAAGAUGCGCAGGAAGAACAUAGUUGGUCUUCUCGUGCGCAUGCUGGAGCGCGACUCCACAGAUCUGCUCUUAUUGGUCGUCUCGUUCCUUAAAAAACUCUCCGUCUAUAUGGAAAAUAAAGAUGACAUGGCUGAUCUGAACAUCGUGGAGAAAGUGAGUCGCCUGGUGAGCACUAACAACAGCGACUUGGUGAAUGGACGGUGCGGUUGCUGCUGACUUGUCAUUCGAUGCGGAAUGAGAGGCAAGAUUAUUAAAGUGGGUCUCCUGCCCAAGUUGGUUGCUCUUAUCUGUGAGGAGCGUCACCAGCAGGCAGUGUUAGCAGUACUCUACCACCUCAGUGUUGAUGACAAGUGCAAGUCUAUGUUUACUUACACUGAUUGUAUCCCCAUGGUGAUGAAAUUAGUAUUGAACUCCGCAGGGCCUCAAGUUCCCUUAGAACUGAUGGCUCUGGCGGUCAACCUGGCGGCUAAUAAGCGCAACGCUCAGCUGGUGUGUGAGGGAGCUGGUUUGAAGUUGUUACUGAAGAGAGCACUCAAGUACCGGGAUCCACUGCUCACUAAGAUGAUUAGAAACAUUGCUCAGCAUGAAGGACCAACUAGAGCUCUCUUCACAGAAUUUGUUGGGGAGCUGUGUGAGGUAGUGAGCAGCGGGAAGAGUGAUGAGUUUGUAUUAGAGUGUGUGGGUGUGUUGGGCAACCUAUCCUUACCUGACCUGGACUACACUCAGCUGCUUUCUAAAUAUAACCUUAUUGACUGGAUCAAGGAAAGUCUGCAGCCAGAUGCCGUUGAGGAUGACCUAGCACUGGAGGUGGUGGUCUUGUUGGGCACUGUCGCUGGUGACCAAGCUGCAGCUGAACUUAUUGUGGAGUCGGGCAUACUCCAUUCUCUAGUUAACCUUCUCAACGCCAAACAAGAAGACGACGAAGUUGUGCUGCAGAUUGUUUAUGUCUUCUACCAGUUGACCCGACAUGAAGCAACACGACCCCAAGUCAUAUCUACCACUGAGGUGCCAGCUUACCUCAUUGACCUCAUGCAUGAUAAAAACACAGAGAUUCGCAGGGUGUGUGAUACUACACUGGAUAUUAUUGGGGAGAAUGAUGAAGACUGGGCAGUAAGAAUCCAGUGCCACAAGUUUCGCUGGUACAACAGUCAGUGGCUCGACAUGGUUGAGGAGGCCGAGAAUAUUGACACCAUGGGUGGUGAAGAAAUGGCCGGAGGUGAAGGUCUUGGCCACUCUUACCUUCACCACUCUGAUGUCCUUGACCACCAUGGACUAUAUUCAGAUGGAUUAUCUUCUCCUGAGAGUGAAGACUAUCCUGGCAUGAAUGGUCAUAGUGAAGACUCUCGUCCAUCCUCAAACUACACAAAUCGAUUUAGUGCUGACUUGGAGCAGUUUGCAGAUGAGCUGUUAAAGAAAGCUGGUGUAUAAAUUGUUAAGUUUACCUUCAUGUAAAUUAUACAAGAAAUACAGUGAGAAUCUAGUCAGGUGUGUAUGAACUGUAUUGUAUUAUACUCAGGUUUCAUAUACCCCAAUGAUUACAUUAAUGUUCUUCAUUUAAAAUUUAAAAUAAAAAGAUGUUUUUAAAGGGUUCCUAAUAAGGUCACUUCCAGAGAGUAGUAAUGUAUUAACAAGAAGUAAAAAAAAUAAACUCUCUUAAAAACAUUCAGGUAUGCAAUAAGAUCAUAGUAAAUAGGUGAUAUCGCAUUAUGCAAAAUAACUGCUGUGAAAAACAAGUGAAUUUCCAAGCACAUUCACAAUUUUUUACAUUAUCAAGGACCUGUAACAGUUCCUUGAUAAUGUGAUAAAUCAUGAAAGUACUUGGAAAUUCACAUUUUUUUCACAGUGGUUAUGUUGCACAUUGAAGUAUGUUUGAGUAUGAUUUAUAUUGUCCAGUGGAUUCAGAUCACAAUUUGAAUAACAGCACAUGAUAUUAAAAUCCCCACUGGUAGACAAAGAGAAUUUUGAAACUUCAUCCACAAAAGGACACCAGUAGAUACCAAAGUUGCUUCUUAAUACUAUAUAUAUUUGCCUAAUAUAUGAGUUUUAUUUAUUUAAUGUCAAUUUAUAUAGAUUACUGAGAUGCUCAAGUACAUGAUUUAUUUAUUAUUCUGUCACUUAAGCAGAUAAUGUUGCUAAGUAAUUUUACAUAUAUUACACACCAGAAUUAUCUUUAAUCUGAAAUAUUUCUUUCUUGCCACUUAUGUGUAGUGUUUACAAAGGUAAGACUUGAGUGCUGGGUAGCUGUGCUCACAUGUGCUAACAUCUCAUAUUUCUAGUGCUGGGCAUCUUUGAUUUUGUUUGGCAGAAAUGUCAGUCCUGAGAGAAAGUGUUUGGCCGGGGCAUAAAUCAUAGCCUAGCUAAAUCAAGCAGCACUAAUGGUGAGCAGAGUUCGUGAAAUGGAAUCCCAGUAUUUCGAUUUUUCAGCUUGUAACCAAUCAGAUCAUUCCUGUUUUCUCGCGAAUCUCAUUGUCAUUUUCAGCAUUAAGAUUUUGGAAAACCAUAUGUUUUACCAAUAAUUUUAUCAGCCUUUUUAUAAUCAAAUAUUCCAGAGUAAUGUUAACUUAAUACAUUAAAUUGAUUUACAUGGUUAUCAUGUUAAGAUGACCUUGUAUGUACUGUACUGCCAUAGAGUGGACACAAUUUGCUAUAUAAACAUAUUGUAGUGCAAAGUCUUCUCUGUUAUGUACUGUACGUUUUAUUUUGAUAUAAAAUGUGUGUACAGUAAUGAAGUUUUACACAUGUAAGAUAAUAAAAGCAUUCCAAGAA